CUUUCGAACUUUUUUUAUUCCUGCUACUACAUCCAAUACACCUCUGAUGGAUCUCUCUGGAACUUCAGACAAACAAAACAACAGCAAUAUAACAACCAAUAUACCUGAUAACUCUCCGCCGCUAAAGAAGAAAAAAACUAUAGAAAAUAAAAGCAACAACACCAACUCAAACAUCUAUCCUCGGCCUUUA